AUGGAAAUGGUGCCGCAGAAGAUGCAAUCCAGAGCUAUUCGCCACAUUUUUUCGGCUUCAGAUGACAUGGUUAUGACGAAACAAAUUCGCGCAACUCAUGCUCCUAUUGAAGAACAUGUUGAUGUUAGACCUCUGCUUAAUGUUGUUCAAGACAUUUUUCUUCACGCGAAUUCUCUUAUCCCCGACUAUGUUCAGGACAUGAAGGAUACUACUAAGGAAUCUGACUUAUUUGAAAUGCUGGAGAUUUCAUAUCACUCGAUUAACAAAAUUUCCUGCGAGAUAUCUUGCAAGUGUUUGUUGAGUGGAGGAGAUGCUCAUGCAACAACCAUAGGAAUACUUGGAAUGCUGUCAAGCUAUUCAUGGGAUGCCAAAGUGGUGAUAGCAUUAGCAGCAUUUGCAGCCAACUUAGGGGAGUUUUGGCUUGUGGCUCAACUUUACGCGACAAACCGUCUUGCUAAGUCAGUUGCAUUGUUGAAGCACAUUCAUGAAACACUGAAUCAAGUUGAUGAUUUGGGGCCUAAAUUUGAAUCUGUCAACAAACUUCUCAAGGCUAUGUUGGAUGUUGCUAAUUGUAUUGUUGAGUUUCAUGAGCUUCCUUCUGAGUAUAUUGAUCAUGAAGCACCGGAAACAUUGACUGCUUCAACUCUUAUUCCUAGUGCUGUUUAUUGGACCAUUAGGAGUAUUGUGGCAUGUGCAUCACAUAUUUUAGGCAUUAUUGGCUUGGGUCAAGGAUAUAUGACAUCAACAAUUGAGACAUGGGAGCUUUCGAGUUUGACUAAUAAGCUAGAAAACAUGAAUGGUCACCUUCAAAAGCUGCUCACAAUUUGUCGUCAACAUUUAGAUGACAACAAACAGAGAGAAGUAUUUGAAACACUUCACCACCUUUUUGAGACAUCACACCAAGAUAACAUUAAGGUUCUCAAAGCCUUGAUUCACUGCAAGGGUGACCCAUUGCCACUGUUUGAUGGUUCUACCAAACAAAGGGUUAGCAUUGAUGUAUUGAGGAAGAAAAUUGUGUUGCUCUACAUAACAGACCUGCACCAUAUAUCUGAUCAAGAGCUAGUGAUUUUUGAACAAAUGUAUCAAGAGUCGCGUCAAGAUUCAACGAGGCUAGAGAGUCAAUACGAACUCGUUUGGAUUCCGGUUGUGGAAAAGGGAGCGUGGACCGAAACGAAGCAGAAGUUCGAGAGGCUGCAAUCAAUGAUGCCAUGGUACUCAGUUUAUGACCCUUCACUUUUGGAGGCAGCAACCAUUAGGUACAUUAAGGAGGUAUGGUUUUUCAACACAAAGCCUAUGCUUGUGGUAUUGGAUCCACAAGGAAAGCUUGUGAACCUGAAUGCAAUACAUAUGAUGUGGAUUUGGGGAAGCAUGGCUUAUCCUUUCUCUAGCUUAAGGGAGGAAGCUCUUUGGAAAGAAGAAACAUGGGGACUUGCACUUCUGGCCGAUACAAUCGAUCCGUUGCUCUUUGAUUGGGUAUCAGCAGGAAAAUACAUAUGUUUGUAUGGAGGGGACGAUAUGGACUGGAUCCGUAAGUUCACAAGCGCGGCAAAAUCCCUGGCAAGAACUCUACAAAUUCCACUCGAAAUGAUGUAUGUAGGAAAAAACAACCCUGGACAAAAACUUAGAAAGAUCAACAAGACCAUACAUGAAGAAAAUCUGAGCAGCAUCCUCGCCGAUUCAACGAUAAUUUGGUUCUUCUGGGUUAGGCUAGAAAGCAUGUGGCACUCCAAGUUACAGCAAGGUAAGACAGUGGAGAGUGACCAAAUAAUGAUGGAAAUAAUGAGAAUCUUGAGCUAUGAUAGCAGUGAUCAAGGUUGGGCUGUGAUAAGUCUAGGAACAAUAAAAAUGACACAAGGCAAAGGAGACUCGUUUUUGAAGUGUCUUAAUGAGUUUGAUGAGUGGAAGGAUAAUGUGAAUGAUAAAGGAGUUUUGCCUGCAAUGGAUGAGUAUAUACAAGGGAUUCAACAACCACACCAUUGUAAUAGAUUGAUACUGCCAGGAGUUGAUGGCACAGUUCCAGAUAAGAUUGUGUGUGCUGAAUGUGGUAAACCAAUGGAAAAAUUCUACAUGUAUCGUUGCUGCAACGAAUGA